UUUUCCUGUCAGCGUCCUGCCAGCCACUCAGCCAGAGGCCAAGGGGAGGCUCUGACCCGAGCUGCCAGUCAGGAAGGCAAAGAUCGCGAAGUUUGGCUUCUGGGAGCGCUCAGGGCCAGGUGACACAGCCCUGGGUUCCCCGGCGCGGGCUUGACAGUUUCAUCCCCGCCCACUCGCAGGAGAGCGCCCGGCAGGGCUGCACGCGCGCGCGCAGGGGACCAUAAAAGCUGCAGCCGCGCGGAGACGGGGAGCUUGCCCACCGCCCCGGAGCCCCGGCCGCACCAUGCACGUGAACGGCAAAGUGGCGCUGGUGACCGGCGCGGCGCAGGGCAUCGGCAGAGCCUUUGCGGAGGCGCUCCUGCACAAGGGCGCUAAGGUAGCGCUGGUCGAUUGGAACCUUGAAGCAGGUGUAAAAUGUAAAGCUGCCUUGGAUGAGCAGUUUGAACCUCAGAAGACUCUCUUCAUUCAGUGCGAUGUGGCUGACCAGGAACAAUUGAGAGAUACCUUUAGAAAAGUUGUAGACUACUUUGGGAGAUUGGACAUUUUGGUCAAUAAUGCUGGUGUGAAUAAUGAGAAAAACUGGGAAAAAACUGUGCAGAUUAAUUUGGUUUCUGUUAUUAGCGGAACGUACCUUGGCUUGGAUUACAUGAGUAAGCAAAAUGGAGGUGAAGGCGGCAUCAUUAUCAAUAUGUCCUCUUUAGCAGGGCUCAUGCCUGUGGCACAACAGCCUGUUUAUUGUGCUUCAAAGCAUGGCAUAAUUGGAUUCACACGCUCAGCAGCGAUGGCAGCUAAUCUCAUGAACAGUGGCGUUAGACUGAAUGCCAUUUGCCCAGGCUUUGUUAAUACACCCAUUCUCGAAUCCAUUGAGAAAGAAGAAAAUAUGGGACAAUAUAUAGAAUAUAAGGAUCAUAUUAAGGAUAUGAUGAAGUUCUAUGGAAUUUUGGACCCAUCAAUGAUUGCAAGUGGAUUAAUAACACUUAUUGAAGAUGAUGGUUUGAAUGGCGCUAUUAUGAAGAUCACAACUUCUAAGGGAAUUCAUUUUCAAGACUAUGAAACGACUCCAUUUCAUGCAAAAACUCAGUGAACAUCUUACAUAUCUGCCAUAACAAGAACAAAUGACUUCUAUUAGACUAUAUCUUCAUUAGAAUAUAGCUUUUUAAAUGAAAUGUAAUUGUGUUAUUCUCUGAAGCUUUCUUCCAUGCAUUUGAUAUUAACUUUAUUUCUAAAUGAUUAUUUAGGUAUUUGGAUAAAAAUCAGGAACUAUCAAAAAUAAGGAUGUGAACCAAAGCUAACUUGAUCUUUAUAGUCCAUGUAAUGAUUGAAACAAAGAAUAUCCAAGGAAUAUUCUGCAUUUCAGAAAAUGUAUUUAAAUUUGUGGUACAUAAACAUUAAUGUUUUUCAGAAUAUCAUUUUAAAGGAGAUACUUGAAUUGUUAUUUAAUCAAUCCAGAUGUAAAAAUCUCAUUUUGUUUUUAUGUUUUCAAUUGAAAAAAGAGAAGCUACCUAAAAUGGCAAAUUUUUAGUAACAAUAACUUUUACUUAUAUUCCAUCUUUUGGCUGAACAUUUCAGCUCUUUACAGAUGUGGCAUAUUUUGGGACCAGUAGUUAAAGAAUAAACUACAGUGUGAAUAUAUCCCAAAUGAGGAAUCUGAUGUAUGGGAAAAUGACAAAGUAACUGGCUGAGAUAUUGAUCCACAGUUCAGCCUCCCAUCUAGGAAAACAAUUUCUUUCCUGUUUGCUUACUUUAAGAAAUUUAAUUUCCUCCAGAAAUCUCAGGAAUGAAAUAUUUAACAGUUAUAGCAAAAACGGUAGUGCUCUUAAGAUAUUAUAUUUAAGAUCACCUCAUUAAAGAAAAAAAAUACAAAUGUAACAUUUUUCAGGUUACUUCAUUUGUACCAAGUUCCAUAGUGCCUAAUUUUUAAUAGAACUCUCUUCUUUUUCUAAUCUCCAGAAUUUAAUUAGUAUUCUAUAUAUAGCUAUUGAGGAGAAGAAAUCAAUUUUUCCACAGCCUCAGUUGUAAAUGUUUUUGUGUGCUCCAAGUCAUAAUAACAAGAGGUAAAGAUAGCCUGUGAAGUUUUGCUAUUUUCCCAGUCAAGUAUUUUCAGAAAGGAUCCGUAAAUGCAUCUGCUUUGGGUAACAUUAUUUGCAAGCAAUUAAUGCCAAAAAUAGUGAAAGCACAAGAUUUCCAAACCAAUCAUUUUUUCAUAGAAAAUUGUAUAAGUGAUUCACUCUGCCUGUUAAGUCCAAAGGUCCCAUCUUGGAGCAAAUGGCCUCCAUGUGAGAGACUCAUGAGGAUUUUCUAGAGACACCGGAGUGUUACCAUCACUUGCUCUGUUUUAAUUCUGCCAUAGGGAAAUACUGCCUUCACUUUUUAGGAGUAAUUUUAAUAAGAAUAACUCCUGUCCAGAGUUUCACAUAAUGUAUUUGAAAAGCAACAAUGAGCAUCUGUGAAUGCCUGAUAGAGAAGGGUUAUAAUCCUGCGUGAGCUUGUUCAUACAUUGUGGUGGCAACUCAUCAGGGAAUAAUACAGGCAUGUGGCAAUGCCACUUACCUUACAUAUUUUCCUACUGUAGUGUUAACCGCUGUAGCUAAAACUUCUCAUUUAUAGAUGAUUUUCUUGUAUGGGCACCCUUUAGUAUACUCUGUGCUUUGAAUGGAAUUUGUUCCAAAUCAGUGAACUCUGCAGACAUUUAAAAUCAAAUACGGAGUAGAACUGAAAAAAAGGGAGCUAUGUUGUAAAAGUUUAUUUUACAUUAAAAUGUAUCUGCUAUAAAUAGCUUUUUAAAUAAAUAUAUACCAUUAUACAAUAUCUCUGCAUACUGGUUGGGAAAAAAAAUUAAAUUUGGGGGAGGGGAAGCCUUAAUUUCUUUAACUGUAUUUUUUCAGUGAAAAUUCUAAUGUAAAUAAUAUGGUUUUUUUUUUCAAAUGUACUUUUCUUAAUAAAUGGGGAGUUCCCAGAACAGCCUAACUAAAAAUAUGUGGACAAUGAAAUAAGAUUAAGACUUGAUAAUGGCAUUGAAAUGUCCAACAAACUUAAUUUUUGUAUCCAAAUAAUUUCAGAUACUUACUGUGCCAUUUAAAGUUUAAGUGACUGUGAUGAUUUCUAUUUUUCUUCUAUCUGUUCACAAGUUGAGGCUACUGAAGAGGUCUGAGGAUGUAAAUUUUUAAUAAAAUUCAGUGAUUUCGCAUACUAAA